GGGCGCUAUUAAUUAUUUGCGGUCUGCUCACUUUUGUUGAAUUGGCGACCGCUUUGACUUUGGCCUGAAAGUAUUCUUGCUAAUUUAGUUGGCGAAUCGCCCCUUUUUAUCGUCAUUAUUGCUGCUAAGGAUAUGUAACAUUCUGAGGAUGUUUCUGCUACAGCACUUCAACCGACUUGUCUCACGGCAGGCCCUGGGGACCACCAGUUCAAGCAUUCACAACAUAUGUGCUGCUAACUUUAGCACAAGCAACCCUGCAAUGGGCAUCAUCCUCCUGUCCAGGCUUCGUGUCGUAGACAACUCGACCCUCGGGGCGGCCGCGGCACACAAGCCGCCCCGCUGCAUCAUGGUCUACAACAAGCAGCGCAUCGGCAAAGUCGGAGACAAGAUUCUAGUUGCCAUUCGGGGCCAGAAAAAGAAGGCCCUGAUCGUGGGCAUCAAGCAGGUCGGUGCCCGCAUGACGCCGCGCUUUGACACCAACAACAUUGUUCUGUUGGAGGACAGUGGGAACCCAACGGGUACCAGGAUCAAAGUGCCCAUCCCUUCCCACCUCAGGAGUCGCAAGGACCUAUCCAAAGUGUUUGCAAUCGCCACCACAUUUGUAUGACGUCAGCCUCGUCUCUUUCUGACUGUUGAUUAACCGUACAGGAACUAACCAAAGGGUUGUGUGAAGACUAUUGUACAUGUAUGUACAUGGCUGUCUAGUGACUGAAUUACUUGUACACUCACAGAGGCCCCUAAUAAUGGUGAAAGCAUCAUAAAAUAAAUAAAAUAGAUUGUAAUGCUUAUAUAGCGAUCAACAAUCUCACAGAGCUUUACAAUUAUUCCAAGUUCAUCAGGCCACCAGACCACGCGGCAGCUGAUAUGUUCGGCCCGCUACCCAUUAGAGUCAAUUGUAAUUAAGUGUUUUGUCCAAGGGCACACACACCAUGUUCCUGGCAGGGUUCAAACCCACGUACCAUCGUACAUGAGUCUAAACACCAUAACCACCAUGACCACUGGACCAUGGCAUUCUACGUUAUGCCAGCUUUUGAUCAGAUUAAACGCCACAGAGCUGUUCAGUGCUUUGUAUAAUAGCUACAAUCCCGGCCAAAAUGGUUGGGACACUUCCUGAGCCUGCCACGGUCACCCGCUCCUCCGAUCAAUGUUGUUCUCUCCAGCUGAUGGAGCACACACUGCGCAAUGAGAGACAACAUUGAACGGGGGCCAGGGGGUUGGGGGCCCAGCGAGAUUUGGCCAGGAUUGUAGCAUGAAAUAAACGCCAUUGUCGGGGCUCCAUGAGUGUACAGUGACGCUGUGCCAGAAGUGGCCCAUACUUUGAGCGUGAUCUUGAUUCCUGUUGGACAUAAGAUUCAAUUUGACAUUUGUUCCGGAAGAGGCCUUCAUCCAGAAGGCGGUAAUUUGGUUGAAGAGGUGUCUCAUAUCUCAAGUUAAAAAGUGUACACUUAUAUUGUACCUGCCACAAAAAUAUUCUGAAACGUAAAAUCUCUCUGUUCCUUUCACCGGUGCUUUCAAAGAUAGUGACAAGUGAGUACCUUCCCAUUAGGAACAUACGUUGCCACUGUUAGACCUCAUAUAUUCUGGAACUUUUCUGGGAAGAUGAAUCUCAAGUAAAUUAAAUGCCAAUCGGUGUAAAACAAA